GAGAGAGAGAGAGAGAGAGAAAAAGAGAGGGGAGUGGAGUGGAGAGCACACAGAUCCGUCCUCUGUAGAACGCCUACACAGUGUCAGUAAUAAAGACACAGUGCUGUAGGUUGGGGGCUAAAGACUGGGUCUGUGUGUAAUCCUGAGAGGUGCGCUAAAGUGGCGUCGUGAGAAAAGACACAGAAUAAGCUGGGGGAAAAAAGAAAAACAGCGAGGGGAAAGAAAAAAGGAAGAUCAGAAGACAAGACAAAGCCUUGAGACACACAGAUGUUUCUUGUCUUUUCGGGGUAUGCCUCUGAAGCAAUCCUGAAAGCUCCAUUGGACAAGGAUGUAAGAACAAGGGAAUGAGAAGAGACCCAAACCCAUCUUAGUGUGUCCCACUUCAGAACAUCAAAGCAAGUCAUUCUUUGAUAAAUCUAGAAGAGUGGAGAAGAUGAAACACAAGAAAUUUAAUUUUGGAGACAAUUUAUUUGCAAACACCAAGUGAAAUUUAUGCAGUGAUAACAACUAACUAACCAACAUUUCUAAUAAAAAUGAGUGAGAUUACAAUGUUUUUUGUACAUAUUCACCUCCUGUUUGGGGUUGCUAGCUCCUUGGUUAUUCACUCAAUCCCCUGGAAGGUACCCUGUCCUCACCAGUGUGUAUGCCAGAUCAAACCCUGGUACUCACCCCAGUCCGUGUAUAGAGAGGCUCCGACUGUUGACUGUAAUGACUUGCUCCUCACUCAGUUGCCCACAUCCCUCCCACCAGAGACACAAACACUAAGACUACAGAGCAACCUUAUCAGUUCAGUGGACCAAAGUGAACUCCAGGGUCUCGCCAAUCUAACUGAGCUGGAUCUCUCCCACAACAGUUUCAUCAGCACCCGUAACUUGAGAAUCACUGACCUGCCAGCUCUUCUAAGCCUACACAUGGAAGAGAAUCAGCUGAGGCACCUGCCUGAAGCAGCUUUCGCUGGACUGGCUAACCUUCAGGAAUUGUAUCUCAAUCAUAAUAGACUCAGAAGUAUUUCCCCAGGAGCUUUCAAAGGUUUAGGUAACCUUUUAAGGCUUCAUCUCAACUCUAACCACCUAAUGAUAAUUGACAGGCGUUGGUUCCAUGCUUUGCCUCAACUAGAAGUACUCAUGACAGGAGGAAAUCCAGUGGACACUAUCCAAGAUUUCAACUUCAAACCUCUUGGAUCCUUGCGCAGCCUGGUCCUGGCAGGUAUGGGCUUACGUGAGAUCUCAGAGCGUGCUCUAGAAGGACUUCUGAACCUGGAGAGUAUUAGCUUCUAUGACAACAACCUGACCAAAGUCCCAAGAGAGGCUCUGCAGAAGCUACCAGGCUUGAAAUUUCUGGACCUUAACAAGAACCCAAUUCAGCUGGUGAAGAAAGGGGACUUCAGGGACAUGCUUCACCUGAAGGAGCUCGGCUUGAACAACAUGGAGGAUCUGGUGUCCAUUGAGCACUCAGCAAUGGAAAACCUCCCUGAGCUGACAAAAUUGGAAAUCACAAACAAUCCACGACUGUCAUACAUUCACCCUCAGGCUUUCCAGAAGCUACCACGUAUGGAGAGCUUGAUGCUCAACAGUAAUGCCUUGAGUGCUCUGCAUCGCCAGACUGUGCGGUCUCUGCCAAGCUUACAGGAGAUCAGUCUGCACACCAAUCCCAUUCGCUGUGACUGCCUUAUUCGCUGGGUGGGGGCAGAGGAUGACAAGCCAGUUCGUUUCAUUGAACCACAGUCCACAUUCUGCUCAGAACCUCCAGAGUUAAAAGCAAGACGAGUGAAAGAAGUCUCCUUCAGGGAGAUGGCAGAUAGCUGCCUCCCUCUGAUUGCCCCAAGCAUGUUCCCUUCAUACAUUCAAGUGAAACACGGGGACAACAUAGCUUUGCAUUGCCGAGCACUGGCAGAACCAGAACCAAGUAUUUACUGGGUCAUUCCAAAAGGUUUGAGAUUAACUCCUUCCACAAAGUUUGGACGUUACCAUGUUUUAACAGAGGGCACUUUGGAAAUAUUUGGAGUCACUUCUGAGGAGGCUGGUUUCUACACUUGUGUUGCACAGAAUCUAGUUGGGGCUGACACAAAGAGUUUGACACUAAAAGUAGAGGGAUCUGGCAGGGCUCAAAUAACAAACAAUCAAAGAAAUGAAGACAGCCUUGAGGUCCAUGAUGUUAAAGAACGGUAUGCUUUACUGUCUUGGCACACUGGCCAUAACAUCCCUGCUGCCCGAAUCUCUUGGACAGCCAACGGAAGCCUGGAAGACCACCACAAGCAUAGCACUAGAAUAUUAGCUGGCACUAGAGGCUUCAACCUAACCCGCCUCCAACCAGGUACCCAUUACAAGGUUUGUUUGCACAUGGGGCCAAAUGACACCUCCUGUGUCCAUCUCAGGACUAAAGAGGUGCUUCUACUAGUUCCUUCUGCAGACAUCACUCCAGUAUUCCUACUGGGUGUAUCAGCUUUUUUCCUCAUCCUUUUGGCAGCCAAAACUUGCCAGGGGAGGACAAUGUAUGAUUGGAAAGAGUUUGAGAAACCCCAUUCCACCAUUUUGACCCAGGAAGCAAAGGAUUUCAUGGCUCCAGAUUCACUUCAGCAGUACAAAGACAAACUCUCAGAGGGCAGUGGAAAGGUGCUCAGUGAUGUCAAGCCAGUGCAAGAUGUUCCGGGUCCUGCAAAAGAGGUGUUUUAAGAUACACGAUGUACAACAGCUCAAAGGGAAUAUGCCAGAGAAGCCGUACAAACUUUGUAAAGCUACUCAGAUUACAGCUCACAGUCAACACUAACAGUCCACUGAACAAAACCAUAGCUUUUUUGCAAGGUUACAAGUGUUCCAAUUAUAAAUACAGUGUCAUUAUAAGAGAUUUCAUUUUUAUUUAUUUUAUAAUGGAAAAGAUACAGACCGUAUAUGUAUAGUAAAAGCAUUUUACAUGUAAUCACAAACAAUAUAUACUGAGAAAACUGAGCAGAUGGUGCCAGUUCUAAGAUAGAGCUAUCAACUGUUUGUAAGAAGCUGUGAACUCUGAAAGAAGCAUGAACUUUACAUGAAAGUUGCAAGGUGAAGUGAAAUACUCACAUAUUUUUCAUGCUCCUGAAGCCACAGAGUUGACAGGUGGGCAAAGAAAUUCUGUGAAAGUCUCUCAAUUUUGUGACAAUUUAGGAGGAAACAGAUGUUUUUUUUUUUUUAAGAAUCAUGUUCUCCUGGUGUGAAUUGUUAAAGAAUUAAAUGUUACUUUUCUAUUUUUUAAAAUAAUACUGUCUUUUUCAAAUAAAAAGGUCUAAGCAUAGGUACUGAAAGAAUAUGUAAAAUACAGAAGGGUAUUUUUAAUAUGUUGCAUAACUGUACAUCCAGUAUUUCUCUUUGAUAUUAUGGGCCAUAUUCAGCACACAACAUGAAGUCUGAGCUAUCAAGCGGUAUCUUCGUCUCAGUGUAUGUGUGUGUGUGUUUGUCUUUUUAAUGAUGGACACAUCUAUAUAUAUAUAUAUGACCAAGGACACAACAUUAUGUGCUAAUCAGGGCUCUGUUUGGCUAUGGAUUUCUCUUUUUCUCACUCAAAACCAAACAAAAAUUCUGAAAGUACUCUCCCAAAAGAUCGAUUAUCAAGUGACAUUCAGCCCUGAAUAGCUUCAUUGUGCCAGUUUCAUACAUUUUAUGGAUGGAGACAGAAGGAAAAGCCCCAGGACUCUGUGAGGGGUAUUCGUACUUGCCAACGUGCUGAGUACAAUGAAUGAGACAUGUCCUGUUGUUUAUUUAUUUUUUUUUUUAAAAAGGCAAUUCUCUCUUUUUUUUUUUUUUGGAAAUGCAAUGGAAAGACUGGAUACUGCUAACUGGGACAUGCUUGAAGGAAGGAUUUAAGAGACCACUUGAGUAUAAAAUGUCUUUCAUUCUCAACAGCUUGUUGUCUGACUUUUUAGUCAGGGACCCUGCACUGACAAAAUGACAUUUACACUGGAAGAAAUCUUACCAGAGCAAUGCAGUUUGUCAUUUGUUAACAGGAUUGUCAGUACUAAGGAUUGUGAGCUCUGCUCUUCUCACUUCUCUAGUAUGGGAAACCCCAUUUUCUACAGUGUCAUUUAUGGUAAAGCUGCUGUUUUGUUUGAGUUUUUUGUCAGUUUGUAGUUGAUGUGUCCCUAUGUUUCAGAAUUUCUUGCUCUAACUAAACUGUCUCUCUUCCUCUAUUAUUUUUUUCCAUUUGAUAUAAUUUGUUGGCUCUUACUUUCUAUCACCUCAAAUCUGUACAUACACUAAAUCACUCUGAAUUUCCUAUCAAUGUUCAGCUCCCCUUUCAGAAAUUAUUUAGAAGGCUGUGUGUUAAAUUCUAUUUUGAGGUAUUAUUAAACCAUUUUAGACUGA